AGACAGCGGCUGGCGUUCUUCCUGAUACCUAACUGCUUAGCUGCAUCCCGGGAGCGGGGCCGUUGGCGGUGCUUCCGUCGCGGCGUUCAGGCUCUGGGGCGCCGGUCCAGCCGGCGAGGCGCGACCCGGCGCGGAAAGUCGGGCGCCGGAGGCGUCGGGAAUGGGGGCGGCGGGCCUCCCCGCGCGGCGGCGGGCCCUCCCGGGGCUGCUGCUCGGCCUGCUGUGUGCCCUGGCCCGGGCCGAAGGCGGGAAGGUGCUGGUGGUGCCCAUGGAGGGCAGCCACUGGCUGAGCCUGCGGGACGUGGUGCGGGAGCUGCACGCCCGGGGCCACCAGGCCGUGGUGCUGGUCCCCGAGGUGUUUGAGUACGUGAGGGAAGAGGCCUUCUUCACCUUCUUGCCCUAUGCCAUUCCCUUCACGAAGCAAGAGUAUAAGGACUGCUACCUGAACCACCUCAACGUCGCCUUCGAAGCAGAAAGUUUUCUGGACGUGGCUUACAAAAGUGUAUCAAGAAUAAAAAAGUUACCGGGUUUGUUUGCGAGGUCCUGUGAGGCGCUACUACAUAACACACCCCUCCUCGAGCAUCUGAAUUCCAGUUCCUUCGAUGUGGUUUUGACGGACCCUGGUUAUGCCUGCGGAGUAGUGCUGGCUAAGUACCUGAAUGUUCCUGCUGUGUUUUUUCUGCGCUACAUGUUGUGCGAGGCGUUCUAUUACGCUACCCAGUGUCCCAACCCACCUUCAUACAUUCCUAAAUUGGCAACGAUGAACUCAGACCACAUGACCUUCCUCGAGAGGGUCAAGAACAUACUCGCCUUUGUGGUCUUGGAAGGUUUUUGCUCUGUACUUUUUUCUCCUUAUGCACGGCUCGCUUCUGAGCUCUUGCAGAGAGAGGUGUCGGUGGUGGAUAUCUUCAGCCACGCUUCCCUGUGGAUGAUCAGAGGGGACUUUGUAUUGGACUACCCCAGACCCAUCAUGCCCAACAUGGUCUUCGUCGGGGGCAUCAACUGUGUCAACCGGAAGCCACUCUCUCAGGAAUUUGAAGCCUAUGUCAAUGCCUCUGGAGAGCAUGGGAUUGUGGUUUUCUCUUUGGGAUCAUUAGUCUCAGAGAUUCCGGAGAAGAAAGCUAUGGCAAUUGCUGAGGCUCUGGGCCAAAUACCUCAGACGGUCCUGUGGAGUUAUGCUGGAAGCCGGCCAUCAAAUCUUGCCAAGAAUACAAUACUUGUCAAGUGGUUACCCCAAAAUGAUCUGCUGGGUCAUCCAAAGACCCGGGCAUUUGUCACUCACUGUGGCUCCCAUGGCAUUUAUGAAGCUAUAUGCAAUGGCGUCCCCAUGGUGAUGAUGCCCUUGAUGGGUGACCAGCUGGACAAUGCAAAGCGCAUGGAGACCCGGGGGGCUGGCGUGAUCCUGGAUGUCUUUACAAUGACUUCUGAUGAUUUAGCAAAUGCCCUCAAAAGAGUCAUCAAGGACAAAAGCUACAAGGAGAACAUCAUGCACCUCUCCAGCCUUCACAAGGACCGCCCCAUUGAGCCCCUGGACCUGGCUGUGUUCUGGGUGGAGUAUGUGAUGAGGCACAAGGGGGCGCCGCACCUGCGCCCUGCAGCCCAUGACCUCACCUGGUACCAGUACCACUCCUUGGAUGUGAUUGGCUUCCUCCUGGCCAUUGUGCUGACAGUGGCCUUCCUCAUCUUUAAAUGUUGUGCCUUUGGCUGUCGGAAAUGCUUUGGGAAGAAAGGGCGAGUUAAGAAAUCCCACAAAACCAAGGCCCAUUGAGAAGUGUUGGGGAAUAAAGGGAACUUUUAAUGUAUUUCCCAGUAAGCACAUAACUUAAAAAAAAAAAAAAAAUCAUGCCCGGUACAGUGGCUUACACCUAUAAUCUUAGCUACUCAGGAA